AUGGACAUCUUGACUAUCCGCUCAACAACCGGCAGGCAGCGCCUUCUGGAAGUAACGCCACCACCGCAGAGCGUCUUGUCGGCUGCUAGCGAGCCCUCGGCCGCGUCGCACCGCCGCUGGCCUGUGACCAUCACACUCAACGAUCGGCCGCCGAUUCGUACGACACUCAUCGACCCAUUCCUCGAGACGCAGUACAACACAGUGUUGGAACGAUAUCUGCGGAAUACAGACGAGGAGGGAUGGAGCCCGGCUCCGGAACAGGGUCGACUCAUAGAUGCAUCACGUCUGGAGAGUCUCAUCAAGGCGUACGCCGAGACGCUGCUGGGACAGCUGGAUAUUAAGCCAAGCUUGCUCAAUGGACCAUUGGGACUGAAGACAAAGGGACCACAGCUGUCGGUACUGCAAAUUAAUGUCGUGGAGGAAUGCGAGGCUGGCGCUGAAGCUGCCGAGGAGGGUGGCAUACAUUGCUUGGCAUGGGAGGUUCUUGAGUCGGUAGGCCUACCUCGUAUGCCCAAGAUACAGCUGCGUGUUACUAGAGUGGUCGAUAUCACAAUGACGAGGUCAUCACGGAAUAUUCGCCAGAUGCGAAGGUCAGGAAAUCUACAUUUGCCGCUCAGCCUCGUACAGGCGGACCCUGGUGCUACGUUUAAGAUUUUACUAGUUGUGGCGCGAGACUUCCAAAGAAUGGGUGCUCAGAGAGAUCCUGAACCGGACUUAGCUCAGUUUCCAUUGAUGACGAUACAACGCAAGCUGAAGAGCAGAUUAUUACUAGAGGUGGUGCGGCCGGGGAGUGUGGAGGAACUGGAACGACACUUGAAGCAGCGAGCUGCAGAUGGGAUCCAGUUCAACUUGGUACAUUUCGAUCUGCAUGGGCGAAUCAUGGAAGAUGAGCAUGGCGUACCAGUUCCUUGGCUGCUGUUUGCGCAACGACAAGCCCGAUUCCAACGAUAUACACCCAAAACCCCCCAAGUGCAAUUCUCCAAGGCAUCUGUAGUUGCAGAUGUCCUUGUAGAAUAUCGAAUUGAAAAUGUGGUUUUGAAUGCCUGUCUAUCGGCUUACAAUGGCACCAACUCGUCAGCCAACCUAUCGCACAUCUUUUUGCAGCGAGGCAUCUUUAAUGUCUCAGCAAUGUGGUACUUCGUGCACUGGCAAACAGUGGCAACAUAUCUCGAGAGAUUUUACGUGGAGCUUCUUCUCAAGGGGACUGAGUUCCACGCGGCGGCACAGGCAGGCAGGUACGAAAUCCGCAACCGGCCCACAGUCUCUGGUGGCCGACUCUGUAAAGACCACUUUAUCUGCGUCAACUAUACGCGUGAAUCCCAUUGGGCUGAUGGCAUGGACGUUGGACGAGAUCCUAGCCCUGCCCCGUCGACAAGCUCCAACGACUCUAUGAUGUCGGCGACAUCGAUGCGCAGCUUCAAGACUGCCAGUUGGCGGCCAUCGACGCCAAAACUGGGCGAUGCUCAGAUUGCUAGUGACGAACCUGUCAUGCGCAUGAAACUGCAUAUGCUAGAGCUGGAGUACAAGUUGUUUACAUACCACAUAGUCUAUGGCAGCGAUCUGAACCGUGUAGAAUCGGACAUGGACAUCAGCGUGGAGAACGUUAUUGGUAUGUGGAUGAUGACAAACCUACUGGAUGAGGUGUGUUUUUAUCGUGGCAAAGACUUUGCCCGGAGGGCGCUGCGAUCCAAGUCGAUUCCGUUUCGCGAUCGCCGAUCGCGCAGCUCCGGCGGGUAUCUACAACUGUUGUUCCCCAAACCUAUCAAGUCGCUGCAGACAUCUACUUUGCACGUGGUUCGAGAUCUGGAUGAAGUUUUGGAUCCCGGGUGGCAGGCAGACGAUGAAGAGAACAGAAAAGCGGAAGACCGUCGCGUGCUGGCAUUUGACAAUCUUCAGCGCUUUGCACAACGGGUACACUCUGAAGGCAGCUAUAUGCUGAUUCUGGGGAAGCAGGAUCCGCAGUGGUGGACGCGAAACUUGCAGUUCUUGGAUGGAGCCUGGUGGUUGGCGCUUCCAUGGAGUCUGAGCAUUAAUAACCGUUGA